AUGGGUAUCUCUCGUGACUCCCGUCACAAGCGCGCGGCCACCGGAGCCAAGCGAGCAUACUACCGCAAGAAGAGAGCUUUCGAGAAGGGUCGUCAGCCCGCCAACACCCGCAUCGGCGCCAAGCGCAUCCAUCUCGUCCGCACCCGCGGCGGCAACCGCAAGUUCCGCGCGCUCCGUCUCGACUCGGGCAACUUUUCAUGGGGCUCUGAGGGCGUCGCCAGGAAAACCCGUGUCAUCGGUGUCAGCUUUCACCCGUCGAACAAUGAACUCGUCCGCACGAACACCCUCACCAAGGCCGCCGUCGUUCAGAUCGACGCUGCGCCGUUCAGGCAGUGGUAUGAAGCACACUAUGGUCAGAAUUUGGGGCGGAGGAGGCAGCAGAAGGCUGCUGACACCGCUGAGGAGAAGAAGAGCAAGAGCGUGGAGAAGAAGCAGGCCGCUCGUGUCGCUGCUUCUGGCAAGGUAGAGCUUGCGCUCGAGAGGCAGUUUGAGGCUGGUCGUCUGUACGCCGUUGUGGCAUCGAGACCAGGUCAGAGCGGGCGCUGCGAUGGGUACAUCUUGGAGGGCGAGGAACUGGCCUUCUACUCUCGUGCUAUCAGGAAGUAG